UUUAUCCCGCGAGCCCGCCGUGUGUUCAACAUUUUUGCGGAGUUUUCGAGCGCAACGAGGUUCGCUUUUUGAAAGUGAUGUGAAUAUUUACCGAAAAAUCUUAAUAAAACUAUCGAUUAAAUUGUAAAAAGUUAAACCUGCGUGCAGUUGAUACCGAAAAAUGCGCGGUAGUGUCUUAUUCCAACCAAAUCGUGCCCUGGGCUAUGUAAGCAACCACGUACCAGCCAACCCUCUACCCGGGGUGCGUUUCAUCGAGAAACGCAACGAGAAUGUGAUCACGACCUGCGUGGGAAAAUCGUUCCAUGUUUACGGUGCGAAUAGUUUCCGGCUGAUUCGGGUCGGAGGGCUGCACACGGAGGAUAUCAGCUGUAUGGCAGCAGAUGGAUUUUUGACGUAUGUCGCAAGUGGAAAUGUGAUCUACGGCUGGAGAUCUAGCACUCAGCUGCGCAAAACCUACCGGGGCCAUGGGAAGAGAGUGCAUCUGCUGCUUCCGUUUGGGAAGCAUUUGCUGUCGGUGGACGAGACCAGUCUUUUGAAGAUAUGGUUUGUUGGAACGGAGGAUGUUUAUCUGGAAAUUCCUUUCAAUAACGAGCAGUUUCAGAUUACGGCUCUGAUGCACCCGGCUUCCUAUAAGAAUAAGAUUUUGCUGGGAAGCAGUCAGGGUGGGAUGCAGCUUUGGAACAUUAAGAAUGCCAAGUUGGUGCACACUUUCGGAGGGUUCGAUAGCAAGGUGAUGGUACUGACGCAAGCACCGGCUAUCGAUGUGGUGGCAGUUGGACUACAGAACGGAAAGAUCGUAAUGAUGAAUCUAAAGUUCGAAGAAACGAUUAUGGAACUGACGCAGGACUGGGGACCGGUGACCGGUAUCACGUUCCGCACCGAUGGACAUCCCAUCAUGGCUUCGGCCAGUACAAAUGGACAAGUAACGUUUUGGAACCUGGAAGAACAGGUAAUCGUUUCCACUCUGCUGGCUCAUGACGAUUCCAUUACAAGUCUGCAGUGUUUCCCGAAUGAGCCGUUGCUGUUGACCACUUCUCCGGACAACUCUAUGAAGCUUUGGAUAUUUGAUUUGCCAGAUAAUGGUGCUCGACUAUUGAGAAUCCGUGAAGGUCACGGUGCUCCCCCAACAUACAUCCGUUACCAUGGAUCAUCUGGACGCAAUAUUUUGUCCGCUGGUGAAGAUUCAUCUCUGAGAAUUUUCAGCACUAUCUCGGAAACCAUGAAUAAAAGUCUAGGAAAAGCCAGCUACAAUCGCAAGGCCUCCAAAAAGCACCGUAAAGGAGAAGAUCCCUUCCGGAUGCCACCGAUUAACUUUUUCACCUCGGAGACGACUAGGGACAAAGAGUGGGACAGCAUUGCGGCGGCUCACGCAGGACUAGUCCAGAUCACCACCUGGUCCUUCGAUAAGUGUAAAAUGGGUGACCUGAAGCUGGUACCGGAAGUGUUUCAGAACAAGAAUCGGACGGACUUUGGUGUGACGGCCAGCGCCCUCUGUCUGAGCCAUUGCGGUAAUUUCGUUACAAUUGGCUACUCCAGUGGCCACUUGGAGCGAUUCAACAUUCAGAGUGGCAUACAUCGGGCUAGUUAUGGGAAACCGCCGGCCCAUGAAGGGGUAGCGGUGAGUGGUAUUUCCAGCGAUAAUCUAAACCAGUUUCUGGUUUCCGGCGGGGCCGAAGGAAAACUCAAAUGGUGGAACUUCAAGCAGAAUGUUAACAAACCCGUAUAUUGUUUAAAACUCGAUGAACCAGUGUCCCUAUUCAGCACGCACCGCGAAAGUGCAAUGAUUGCCGUCGCCUUGGAGAACUUUACGGUGCUAAUUGUUGAUUCUGAUAGCCGUGCCGUCGUGAGGAAAUUCAUUGGCCACAAGGGACCUAUCACAGAUGCUUGUUUCUCGCCGGACAGCCGCUGGCUGUUGACGGCUAGCCGCGACUGCACCGUAAAGGUGUGGGACAUUCCAUCGGCUUACCUGGUAGAUCAAUUCCGAAUGCCCCAAAUUUGUACCUCGCUGAGUAUGUCUCCUACGGGAGAUUACCUGGCCACGACCUAUGUGGACAACAAUGGGAUAUAUCUGUGGGCCAACAGAAGCCUAUUCUCUCAUGUAUCCCUAAGGGCGAUCAAACCUGAUACAGAAGCUCCGUUGAUGGACCUACCUGCGACGAUUUGCGAUGAAAAUGCCGCGACCUUGACCGAAGAGAACGAAAUGGAAGUCGAUGAACUGGAAGAAGCUAUGGAGGCCAUCAACUUGAAUUACGAGAGUCCGGCGCAACUUUCACGGGAACUGAUCACCAUGUCCAGUAUGGCCGCUUCUCGCUGGCAAAAUUUGCUUAACCUGGACAUUAUAAAAAAGCGCAACCGACCGAGACAGGCACCCCAGAAACCGAAAUCAGCACCUUUUUUCCUUCCGACUGUGUCCGGGCUAGAUUUUCAGUUUGAUUUGAACGCAACCCAUGAUCAAUCCGCUGAGGAUGCUUCCAAGAUACUGAAGCUCAACCAGGUGGAACAGCUGACUAACUUUGGAAAGCUUCUAAAAGACGCUGCGACCAGUCGGGAUAAGGAAUUCACAAAGCCGAUUGAGUUCCUCAAGAAGUUAGGUCCUACAAUGGUGGAUUUCGAGAUUCGCAAUCUUAGCCCGCUGGAUGGCGGAAGCGGAAGCAUCUCGGUAAUGGGUGCGUUUAUGAGGAUGAUCGUGGCACUGUUGGAGAGCAACCAGGGAUUCGAGCUGGGGCAAAGCUGGUUGGGUGUGUUCCUCAAGAGCCAUGGCCGAACCAUCGUGGAGAACGAGGAGCUGAGGACGGUGCUUGAUGAGGUUGAACAGGCGCAAGCUAAGGGAUGGAACUUGCUGGAAGAUCGGCUACUGUACGGCAUAGGCGUGGUGAGUAGCUUGCGGAAUUUCAAUGCUUAAGGAUAAAUAAAUAUUUUUAGGUGGA